AUGGGUCAAGAGUUGUGUGCAAAGAGGCUACCGCCAGGAUGCAGCUGUCACCAAGGUCCUGGAGGGGAGGCGCACAGCUGUCAGAGGAGUCAGCCUGGGAGCGCCGAGGCGGCUGCGGUCCAGCUAACAGACCUAAAAGAAGCAUCUUGUUCUGUGUCUUCAUUUCACCCCAAGGGACUCCAGGCUGUCAGUGCCUGGAAGCUGGAGAGCAGAAGAGAGAGGAGAAACAGUGAUUCUUUUCAGGAGGAGGAUCUGAGGCAGGGUUUGCAGUGGAAGAAGAGCCUCCCUUUCGGGGCAGCCUCCUCUUACCUGAACUUGGAGAAGCUGGGUGAAGGUUCUUACGCCACAGUUUAUAAGGGGAUUAGCAGGAUAAAUGGACAACUGGUGGCUCUAAAAGUUAUCAGCAUGAAUGCAGACGAGGGAGUCCCAUUCACAGCUAUCCGGGAAGCCUCUCUGCUGAAGGGUUUGAAGCAUGCCAAUAUUGUCCUCCUGCAUGACAUCAUUCAUACCAAAGAAACUCUGACAUUCGUUUUUGAGUACAUGCACACAGAUCUCGCCCAGUACAUGUCCCAGCAUCCUGGAGGCCUUCAUCCUCACAAUGUCAGGCUUUUCAUGUUUCAACUUCUGCGGGGCCUGGCAUACAUCCACCACCAACACGUUCUUCACAGGGACCUGAAACCUCAGAACCUGCUCAUCAGUCCCUUGGGAGAACUAAAACUGGCUGAUUUUGGUCUUGCUCGAGCCAAGUCCAUUCCCAGCCAGACAUACUCUUCAGAGGUUGUGACUCUCUGGUAUCGGCCACCUGAUGCAUUGCUGGGAGCUACUGAAUACUCCUCCGAGCUGGACAUAUGGGGUGCAGGCUGCAUAUUUAUUGAAAUGUUCCAGGGUCAACCUUUGUUUCCUGGGGUUUCCAACAUCUUCGAACAGCUAGAGAAGAUCUGGGAGGUAUUGGGAGUUCCUACAGAGGAUACCUGGCCUGGAGUCUCCAAGCUACCAAACUACAAUCCAGAAUGGUUCCCAUUGCCUAAGCCUCAAAGCCAUCAGAUUUUCUGGAACAGGCUGGGUGGGGUUCCUGAAGCAGAAGACUUGGCCUCCCAGAUGCUAAAAGGCUUCCCUAGGGACCGUGUCUCAGCCCAGGAAGCCCUGGUUCAUGAUUAUUUUAGUGUCCUCCCAUCCCAACUGUACCAGCUUCCUGAUGAGAAGUCUUUGUUUACAGUUUCAGGAGUGAGGCUGAAGCCAGAAAUGUGUGACCUUUUCACCUCCUGCCAGAAGGGUCAUCACCCAGCCUGGUUUAGCAAAUGCUGGUGAAAAGAAGGGUAAAGUCACCGAGAUCCUCGCAGAAGGUCAAUUUCUCAACAGGACAGAUUGGAGGAGAGACAUGAAAGAAUCUGGAACCAGAGCUGGUACUUGUGGCCUGUCAUGCUUGUGUUCAUUUAAAAUUUUCUUCAACCAAAAGACUUCUGUGGUGAAGAGAGGAUUAGUCUGGUUUAGAGAGGUCUCCACAGAAGAUGGUCUCUUGGAUCAACUUGUCAACAAAUAGACUUGGCUUAGGACUCUGUGAUGCUUAGGACUCCUCAGAUGCUUCUUCCUUCCCUCGCUAGGUUAUCAGAAUAUAUCACCACUCUACCCGGAUUUUAGGAGUUUGAACUGAAUUUCAAACUAUCUCCUGAUACUGAAUCUUAAUUGUCUGUGGUGACGGCAGAUGUGAUGAGGAACCAACGUUCCCAUUGGAUGGUGGAGACAUGAGAGUUCCAAAGAUGUAACUCAAGCCCCGUUGCACCACCAGACAUAGAAAGACACACAUACAACCCUCAGUAGGAGAUCUGUCUCCACUAACACAGGCACCACUUUUUACAAUGACUUCUGAAAGAAGCCAGAGAAACUCAAAUUAUUUCAUCUAGGCAUCAUCUCAGGAAAUAUAGUAGCCUAGAAACCAGAGAACACUGUGUAUCCUUUAGAAGAAGAGGGAGGAACCAAUUAAGAAAAUUAAAAAAAAAAAACGAGAACUGUCCACCCAGUAUCUGAGAUGAAAGAAGGGAAAAAUGCAUUUGGAUAGUCCAAAGAAAUCCGCCUUUGUGCAUAUUAGCAAGGAAUUGGAAAAAGCCUAUCUACAUAUUCUCACAGGAUAAAACAGCAUGGGCUGGGUGAUGGGGCUGGUAGGCAGUAUGCACAAUGAACAGUUCUUAUUCAAGCUAGACGAAAGCCAUUAGGGUCCAGGGCUCAGACUUGAGUCCUGUUCUGGUCAAGGAUUUUUAUUAAGUGCUUGGAUAAAAUCAGAGACGAUAUAUAACUUACUCAUACAACUCACUGAAAUAGGUACUACUAUUAUCCACUUUACAAAAAUGGAAACUGAGACUCAAUAAUGUUAAGUAACUCCUCUAUGGCAGUAUGCCAAGUUCAAAUGAAAAUUUCUGGUCUGACUGUGUCUAGUGCCUGUGAGCUUUCCAAUAACCACAUCCCUAUCACAUUUAUAGACUAUACCACUACUGAUCAUGAUUCAAAGGAUUCAGACCAGGCUAGAAACUAAUGAGCAGCAAGUCAAAACAGCACUUAUUCCUGUCACAUUUUAUCUGAUUUAAACUCUUAUGCAUUGGGCUUAAAAUGCCAGAACUUAAGUAAGGCUGUGACUUAGUGGAAAUUGGCACUUUUAAGUACAAUGUGAAUUAAUAAUAUACUCUAGCUGCCUCCGAUAUAUCAUGCUAAUCUUUUCAGGCUACAUACAUGAAAGACAUGUCCAACGAGAAGAAAAAUAGUUUACUCUCUUCUGAUCAGAACGCAUUUAAAUUAUAAUGCUCAACUCCACAUAUUAUUAGUUUGUAGAUUUAAUCUUGCAUAAUCUUUACACUACUAAGACAUAGGUUCAGUUAGUCACCAGUUUACAGAGAAGAACAUCAAGAAUCAAAUAUAAAUAGCUAGGAAUUGAUGCACAAACUCUGUCCUGAAAGCCAAUGCUUUCCCCAACACACCUCCAACUCUGCUGCAUGCCCCAAAGGGGACUUCCAAGAAGAACAAAAUAUGUGGGACAAAUCACAGGGAGGGACAGCUGCUACCAGAGAAAACCCAGGAGCCAAUGAAACUCCUUCCAGUGGGUAGAAGGCUGUCACAAAGCAAAGGGGCUGACCCUCCACUGGGCAACUGCAGAAUUAGCAGACUAAGAGCUCACAGUUGCUAAUUAGGUGGUGCAGGAAGAAUCUCUGAACCAGUUCACUUGCCCAUGAAUAUAGAAUGGAGUUCCCACAAAAGUGGUGGGCUUCCUCUGCCUCACUGAAGAUAUGAAAAGCUGUAGCAGAGAUUCCUAUACUGGAAGCCAGAACAGCUGAUCGCUCAGAUUCUUGAAAUGACCUAUGAACAGCUGUGGACGAGUUAUAUUUGGAAUUCUUGGAAGAUCCUGUUGUUGAAAGAAUAGGUAGAGUCAUUUUAUUUUCUAAGAAAAGAUUUUUAAGUCCAAAUUUUAAAAAUUACCCUCUUUAAUUAUAAAUGGAAUAUAAAUUAUG